AUGUCCUGGGGCUGGAAUACCAUAGAUUCUGACGCGCAGGGCGUUUUCACGGAACUUGUGGAGCGUUUGGGCGUUCAGAAUGUCCAGUUUGACGAACUCUAUGCUAUAGAUAAGGAGUCUCUCUUGGCUGCUGCACCCGUGUAUGCCGUGGUUUUCUUAUUCAAAUACAGCAAACUCGACCGUGAGUAUGCCGCUAAGAAAUUGCCUCUUGACGGAGAAUACGAUACGGAAUACGCUGAUAAGGGUAUCUUUUUCGCCAACCAGACCAUCCAGAAUGCUUGUGCCACACAGGCGGUACUCAAUUCGUUGCUCAACAAAUUGGAUGAUAUCGAUAUCGGCGCAGAGCUCAAUAACUUGCGUGCGUUCGUUGCUGGCUUUGAUCCAGAAAUGGCUGGAGAAACGCUAUCCAACUCUGAGACCUUGAGGUCUGUGCAUAACUCCUUUUCGGCACCUAAAUUCAUUGAUAGCGACCAGCUCCCACCGCCGGAUCUAGAUGACAAGGAUGACGGUCUUUUCCACUUCAUCACAUACCUCAACAUCAACAACACCGUAUACGAGUUAGAUGGCUUGAAACAGUAUCCAAUCAAGCACGAGACCUUGGAUGCGCCAGACCACUUCUACGAUGUGCUUCCCCGCGUGUUGCAAAGGCGUAUUGACAAGUACCUGGGCGAAAUCCGUUUUUCUUUGAUGGCCAUUACGAAUAACAAAUUGGAGCAGUACAAGCACUUGAACGACGAGUUCAGCGUACAGCAGGAGCUUCGUAAGCGUGAGACGUGGAAGCAGGAGAACAUCUUUAGAAGACACGAUUUCCCCAAGUUGACAGUGGCUCUUUUGAAGAAUAUUCUGCAGAGUAUGAGUGAUGAUGAGUGGGAGGAGCUUCUUGAGCUGGCAAGAAAGAAAUCCCUAGCACGUCAAUCUCAGGGGUUUUACAAGUGA